AGAUAAAACGAAUUUUGGAAACCCACCAGAGAUAGACCAGGGUACAAUGCAAGAGUAGAGCCAGGUACGAGCUCUAAGCGCUUAAAAUCUAUCCGAGAGGACGACCGCAAUCUGAAAUGCAGCACAUGAAUUUCCGUAAGGGCGAUGAAAAGCGAUAAGAAACGACUAAACACAAAAUAUAGAACACAACUCUCCUUAGCAAUCGCCGGCCGGUCACCGCCCUGCCCUUGUGUGUACGUCGUCAAAUAUGUCGCGUCGUUCUUCAACCAACAGUCAGCACCAUUUUUAAUGUUAUACGUGACUGCAUCCCACGUGCUACACGCAUCAAUACAUUGCUGCAGCGAGUAUUCGCUUAUGCUAGUAAUAUCGCCAUCCUUGAUGUUCCUAUUCUCAGUGCAGGUGUUUCUCUUGCUGUCCCAGGCGACUGAUAACGGAGGACAGCUCGUGUCGAUGCGGACGACGGAGGCUGCGGUCGAAGGAAUGUAUACUGAUGGAGUGGAGCCGCUGGCCGGAGCGGUUUUUGUGAGUGUCACUGCAUUCGUGCGCGUCGCUGAUAUCGUGGGCGUUGCUGGGGCGUGGGUGAAUGUACAAGUCGGAUCUAUUCAGGUUGCGGCCCGUUGGGUUACCGCGCGGGAAGGGAGGUGCGGACAGGGAUCUUUCAGCAAGCUCCCCGCACAACAACUAUCUCAUCUGCCCAAGGCAGGGCUCAUCCCUAUCUAUAUGCAAGCCUCUGCGUUGCGUGCUUCAACGACAAAUGUUACUUAACUACUGUCGCUUUAGCCGCCUUAGAUCCGAGAACAAGACCGCAUGUUCCUAGCACGAAAAGGAAACGAACACACCUGCAGGCGCGAAUAUCACCUGUCGUGCAGCCUGCCUGACGCAGUGUUGGAGCCAAAGAUCGCUCUAGCAGUCUUGCGAUCCUGUACGCACCGUCAUCUGCGUGCUGCAGCUUCGCUAGGAGUAGACGAUCAUCUCCAUUUACACAAUCGAUGUUGCUUGGUGAUGACGAAUCUCAGCCGCAGCUUACACAACGAGAGUGCAACGGGUUCUGUGGCAGUCCGUUCAUAGUCGCU